AUGCAAACGUCAAUCGAGUCGCAACAUCUUAGCGACACGGAAAAAAGGAUGUACUCACGGGAUGAGGUCGCCCAACACACUCAAGACGGUGAUGUCUGGGUCAUCAUUGAGCGUGAUGUUUAUGACUUGAGUCAAUUCCUGCAAGAUCACCCUGGUGGUUCCAAGAUUUUGCUAGGUGUAGCAGGCCAAGACGCAACCAAGAAGUUUAAAAAGUAUCACCGCAUGGGGAUUUUAAGCAAGUACAACGAGCGGCUUCUAAUUGGCAGGCUGGAAGAGUCUACUCGAAGGAGCGGGAGUUCCCUGAGGUCUUCGAUAUUUGCUGUCUUCAGACGGUCUGAAACUUGA